AUGCGCGUCCAGGAGAUGGUUCUGGACAACGACUCGAGCGAGUCACAAGAUCUUUAUGAACACCACUUCUCCUCCAUGUCCAAAUACUCGAGAUCCGAUGUUCGAUUUCCUCCCUUGUCCACUCCUCGAAGACGCGCUCCUUCAAUCACUUCUAUUCAGGAUCUGAACACCACUGACCAGCCUCGUGGUCAGUCUGUCGGGGUAUUGACUAUUAAGGCUACCAACACACCCCUACAGGAGAUGAAUCAGCUCAACAUCCAAAUGCAAGAUGACUCGGAUAUGCAUGACCCCGAAGAAGCAGAUAGACAAGAUCAACAGUCAGAACUAGAAUCAGAACCAGAACCCACAAAUUCCCUAGAAGAUCUACCCCUCGAGGUACAGGGGAGAAUUCUCGACCACAUCUUUGGGGAUAUGCAUUCCAUUUAUGCCGGGUCCACAUCAUUACGAGGCAAGAGUGUGUCAUCACUCAUGAGACAUCCAAGAAGGAAAGCCGUGUCGGAUUUGGCUUUGGUAUCUGCUUCUUGGAGAGAAUUGGUCCAGGAACGAAUCUACCGCCAUAUCAAAAUCAAGGGUACCCGAACCGGUCUUGACGAUUCCAAAGAAUACUUUGUCAAUCAUCUUCAUCUGACAAAACAUGUUCGCCAUAUUGAAUUCUGGGUUCCCGUAUGGGGCGACAAGGCAGCCUUUGACAAUCGUUCCCUUGAUACGUUACUUCCAGGAGGUAAUGACCGUGCGGCUAACCUCCAACUGGCACACCAAGCCAACGAUGGUCUCUUCCCGGCUAAUGACCUUCUCGGCUUCGGCUUCAAACUCUCAGCCUACAGUGCCACUCUCUCCCAAAUCUUCUCCCAUAUCGCCUGUUUCUUUCCCGAAGCCCGUGUCUUCACCCUCGAGGGCGGCCACUGCAAGAAGUCUAACAUGAUCCGACAUUUUCCCAAGGUGCUCUUUACCCCACCCCACCGAGCCCUAGAACAACUUCCCAACAUUCGUACCUUUGCGAUGCGUGGCGCCUGGAAUAUCAUGCGUGAACACAAGCACUGGAGAAAUCUCGAGCAAGCUCUCCCUAACGUCGAAGAAUGGCACUGUGGCUACGCAAAACCCCGCCCCGAAGCAGACAUGACCAUAAACGAUAUCCUCUACGACCUACCCACCCGUUUCCGCCACGUCAACAUCUCCCUUGAUGGUAUGUACAGCAAAGAUCCCACGACACUCGGCUCCUCCUUCUUCCCACCCGGCGGUCAGCCGCACCUCUGCGAACGUCUUGGCCCUGUCUUACCUGACUUGGAAUCCCUCUCCUUCACCGGCAAGAUCUGUGAAUGCAUGUGGAGUUCAGCGAUCUCAGCCCUCCAAUCCACCUCAUCUCGAACCAGCCAACCUCCACGCCUGAAGGCUCUCGAAAUCGUCGUAAAAUCCUGCUGCCGGCAGCGCGUCACGGAAGUCGAUCCGGAGACGGGCGAAACCAUUACGCACGAACUGGGAGGCAUCAUCGCAGACGGCGCGGGCAUCACGAACCUCGUUUUCAUCCGCGCAUUCGAACGCCUCGUGCUUGCCACCGUUGAAGCGCUCCCUUUCUUUCCCAGUCUCGAAUAUGUCCGCAUCCGCUUCAUAGAUCUCGACAGUCCGUGUACUCUCCUCAAUCCAUAUUGGCAGCUGGAAGGCGGCAGGGUGUAUGGGAUAUGGAACGAGGAGAUCGUGGAGCGCCUUGGGGAGGUCAGGCCUGGCGUGUUCUACGAGGAACUCGGAGACGGAAUCGAAUACUCUGGCUGGACUAAGGCUCACGGGCGUGGUGGGUCAAGGAGCGGCAGUGGGAGUGGCGAUGUCGGAUCAGGGCCGGGCUCGUCCGCCAACAAUGGCAUGGCUUCUGCUAAUGGCGGUGCCGGUAACAAUGGCUCCGCUAACGGCGGUGGCAGUGGGAGUACCUGCUCGCUGUAUCCCAAGUGGAAGCCUCGGAGUAUCAAGACGAGUAGCUACAAGAUCGUUGCUGAGGCGAGGGGCGCCUGA